AUGACGGACAAAUUGUCCGAGAUUACGGCAGACCAGCACAGCAGUCGCCGAUCGUCCAUCGAUUCAAGCAGAGGAAAACACAGCCCAUUUCGGGUUCGGUUUUGCCGUUCGACUUCUGAGCUGAACUUGUCGAACCUUGGAGAUUCUUCAUCUAUCGAAGAUAAGUUCGAUGAGCGCGAAUCGUCCCUGGAAACCGUUCCGGACAUCCAUAAUUACAAGAAGGUGAUGUCGGUGAAAUGGGCAGUCAUCCCACGACGACCCAGUCUGAACGAGUUGCAUUCGACUUUCGCCAUACAUGUCGAUAGCGAGUCAGAACUGAAAGCAGUUCUGCCUGGAGACACUUCACCAGUGCCCAGAAAAUCAGCCCCUUCAAAAUUCGGAUGGAUAGAGGGCGUUUUUCUUUUCACACCAAGACAAAUCUGUCAGAUGAGGGACGUGCUGAACAUCAUCGGCGUGAUGCUGUUUCUCCGUCUCAGUUGGGUGACCGGUCUGGCCGGAAUCGGAUUCGCCAGCGGGAUUGUGCUGCUAAGUUCAACGAUAACAGUAAUCACCACUUUGUCGACCUGUGCAAUCUGCACUAACGGAAAGGUCAGGGGAGGAGGCGUUUACUUCAUCAUUUCUCGAUCGUUAGGUCCUGAAUUUGGAGGCAGCAUCGGAAUCAUCUUCUUCGCCGCCAAUGCCGUUGGUGCUGCGGUCUACAUGGCUGGAUUCGCUGAAACUGUCCUCGAUAUUCUUCGGAGAGAAGGCGUUAAAAUAAUCGACGGUGACGUCAACGACAUGCGUAUCAUCGGUUGGGCGACUGCCGUGGUUAUGUUGUGCAUCGUCAUCACCGGGAUCAGCUUCGAGUCGAAGGCUCAGAUCGUUCUCAUGGUCACUCUGCUGGCGUCCCUCGUCAACUUUUUCAUUGGCACCUUCUUCGAGCCGACACCUGAGCAAGAACUCAAAGGAGUCACCGGAUACAACUUGGACACCCUCUCGACGAACUUUGGUCCGGACUGGCGAGGGUACUCGUUCUUCACCUUGCUUGCCAUCUACUUCCCUGCUGCCACCGGAUUUUUGGCCGGUGUCAAUAUUUCCGGCGACCUGAGGAAGCCGGAGAAAGCGAUUCCGAAAGGAACCCUGCUGUCGCUCCUGUGUACAACGAUUCUCUACCUGGUCGUCGUUUGGGUUUCGGGCUCAACUUGUCAGUGCACCGCCAAUCACACAUGUGAAUACGGUUUAGCGAAUGAUUUUCAGGUUGUAAGACUUGAAAGUGCCUUCGGCCAUUUGACAACAGCUGGAAUCUUUGCUUCCACUCUGAGUUCAGCUCUGGCAUCGCUGGUGUCGGCACCGAAAGUAUUGCAGACUCAUUUACCCGACUACCUGCGUCGUGCUCCCCGGCUUUGUGGAAAAGUCGACCAGUACAUUGUCAUAAUUUCGUUUUGUGCUUUGUUUCGGGCCAUUGCUGAAGACAAGCUUUUUCCGAAGCUGGAAUUUUUUGCCAAAGGCUAUGGAAAAUCAAACGAACCCCGACGAGGAUACGUUUUCUCUUUCAUUUUAAUUGUGUUGGCAAGUUUUGUCUUAUUCGGCUUUGUAUCGUUAAUUAUCCGUUGCGCUAUAGGCCGUGUCAACGACAUCUCACCAAUCAUAACGAAUUUUUUCAUGGCCUCCUAUGCGUUGAUAAACUACGCCUGUUUCGAAGCAUCGUUUGCCAGGUCCCCCGGAUUUCGUCCGGCAUUCAAAUACUACAACAUGUGGCUUUCCAUGCUGGGAGCGGUUAUGUGCGUCGUGCUAAUGUUCACCAUAAAUCCGUGGACUGCACUUCUGACCAUUUCGUUUAUCUUCUUGCUUCAUAGUUAUAUCUCCCAUCGCAAGACAGACACAAACUGGGGCUCUAGCUCGCAGGCGGUUUCCUAUCGCAGUGCUUUGCAGAAGAUGUUCAGCUUGCAGCUGACCCCUGCACAUGUGAAAAACUAUCGACCUCAGGUACUGGUGAUGACCGGAAAUCCGACGGCUCGUCCUGGACUGGUGAACUUCGUUUCUAGCAUUACGAAAAAGAAUAGUCUAAUGCUGUGCGGUCACGUAAUUAAGGUACGUUUCAGUCAUAAGUUGCUGGUUCUUGUGCUCCGUCAUAAUCAGUUGAGGGCGUUAGACAUUAGCUUAUGUGAAUUUUCUUUGAUUCUGGAUUCGUAAUU